AUGAUUGAAAUUAUUCAACUGGAACAUACGAGGAUAGAAGAAUUGAUUGAUUUUAUCGUUGAAAAUUUGGAGCUAGAAUUCUCCGCUUAUGAAAAACUCGAGCGUCUGAUUCUGCACGAGCUACUCGGCUCCAUCAACAGUCAGGGCGUGACUACAGUAGCUGUCAACGGCGAUGAGGAUAUUAUUGGCCUCUGCUUGGCCCAGCGGUCGACGGCCGCGCUCCCCAGGGAGAGUUGGAACCACUAUCUCAAAAGAAUUUCGUCAUCCGGUUCGAUUUGGGAGGGAUCGCUGGAACUGAUGAAAUCUUUGAAUAGCUCGCUCCAAAGUCUCCCCGAAAUUGAGUGGCGAAAGAAUCUCGCUUCUUCGACUUCCUGGGCGAUGAGUUUCAUCACCAACCACAGUCAGCUGAUCAACCAGUUGGUCGAAUAUCAAAGCAAAGUUGAGAAGCUCUUUUCUUCCGUCAGCUGCUCGAUUCAAGCGAAAAAUCAACAAGGAAACCAGCAUGAAAUUCUUGCAGUUCCAUUUGUUCUUGUUUCCAAAGAAUACAGAAAACAGGGGCUGAUAACGAUGAUGCUCUCCGAUCUGCACGAUUUCUGCCGAUUAGAGCGACUCCCCGAACUGCAUCUUAUCUACCCGACCGGCUUCGGAUCGCUCUCCAAAUCUCCUUCUUUUCAUCAAGCUCAGCUUUCCCACUCAAUCGCCGAUGUUUCACAUGCUGACGAAUACGAAAGUGGAUGGAACGGUUUAUUACUCCGUCUUUUUACCUUUUAUACGGUCGUCAAGGAGGUUGAAGAAGAGUACGAGCCGACCUGUUUGAUGCUAGUCUCGAGCCACUCGUAUUUCCAACCGCUGAAGAAUGCAUUAUUCAUGCUCUUCGACCAGCACGUCCGCCGCUCCGAAGAUCUGGAAAAGCUCCUGGCACACAUUCUCGCACAGCAAGUCCCAACGCCCGGUUGGAAAACGCCUGUCCGCUUCAAUCUCGGCGACAGAAUGACCCAGCACGCGGUUCAAGCGCCUCAAUCCCCGACGAUUCCGGCAACGGGCGAUUCUAUUGCAAAAUUGUUGAAUUACCUUGGCCCUAGAAACUUGAUCACUCUAGUCGUGUUGCUUUUGACGGAUUACAAAAUCGCUCUUUUCGGAAAAUCUUUCUCCGCUCUUGCCGAAGCCUCCCGAGCUCUCGUCGCGCUGAUCUACCCCUUCACCUACACAGGCACUUUGAUUCCCGUGCUGCCCAAGAACUUGGCCGACUACCUCAUGUCUCCCGUUCCAUUCCUCGUAGGCGUCCACACCGAUAUCUGGGAAUCCCGCCGUUCGGACUGCCCCGACGUCGUUGGCUGCGAUAUUGACGGUGGAAAGCUCGUUAUUCCGGACAAUUUCGUCGUUCCCAAGCUUCCGCAUUCGGUCGACAAGGAGCUUGUUCAUAGAUUGACGCUUGUUGCUAAGCCUGCUCUUGUCUCCGCCGAUCUGGCUUUUCCGCCCAAAAGCUCGCCCAAAGCCCGGGCCCCGUUCUCGACAAAGAACCGCAUCCACCCAGAAGUCCAAACAAAGCUCAACCGUCAAGAAUUUCUACAAAGCGCAGAUCCCCAAGAUUUCAAAGUGAAACUCUCCGCCGCGCAGAGUUUUCAAGUUUUCGUCCAAGAAAGAGGACCCUCUUUCCGCCCACUGGAUUUAUUCGACAAUUUGAUGGAAGAUUUCGAUGAAAAGAACCCGCCAGAAUUUGAUACGCAAAGUAUAACGCUGUCCAGGGAGGUGAUUAAAGCUGAGCCACAAACGAGCGUCAGAAUCGUCCACGAAAUCCAGCCAGUUUCAGUUGUCGAGCUGGAUACAGAAAGUCAACGUCACCAAAACGUGCUCGACGAGUUCCUACGUCAUGUGGAGGCAAAUUGCAUCACCGAAAUGCGAAAGAAAAUCCCUGGUGCUUGUCGAGCCCUGCAAAAGUCGUUUAUUCGAGCGCGACUGUUGGAAACGCUCAAGAAUUGGAGCGAAGGAGUGAUGAGCCAAGACUCCGAUCCGAAGGGUUUGAGCGAUGCGCAGUUUUAUUAUAUUCAGUUGCUGCUCGAUUUGACACUCAAGAACUCGGAAAAGAACAAGGACCAGUAUCACGUCGCCAGCUCGGUGAUCGCCAUUUCCGCGGAGCUGGGAAGAAAGGUCGAGACGGAGCAAGGGGCGAUAAGACAGCAAGUGAUGUCCAAGCUCCAAGAUCAUUCAAUCUGGUGCAGCUUCGAUUUCUGGAUCGAGUACUUUCACAUAGAACUGCAAUGCUUUUUGACAGAGCAUUAUCGAAAGUCACUGGCCGACGAUCCAUCGAUCCGAACGUCUAACUCUGUCAUCAUGAGGGUCGUCGCCGAUCAACUUGCCGAAUGGCAGGCAAAGACGGACGAGAGAAAGAAAGAAAUCGCCCAUGAAGAAGAGGGAAUCGUCUACAAUCAGUUGCUGAAGCUUGUUACCUACAUGAUCCCCCUUUUGGUUCCUUUUACUCCGAGUAAAAUGGCCGCAUUGAGGAGAAACAUGAGAAACAACCAGCAGGGAGCGGAUGGAAACAGCAGCUUGUACACCUCGAGCAAUGCUGAUCCUGACGAUGAGGAGGAUGACUCUGAAGAUGAGGGCUUUGCAGAUCAACCGAAUAAGAUUAUUAACAGAUUCAUCGAAAAAGUCUCCGACAACCUUUGCAUCGCCUGCAACAUCAUGAACUCGCGCGCUUCGACGCUUGUCCAACAUGUCAGCUUCGAAAUCCAGCGCGUUGCCGAGGACUACGAUCAACUAUCCGGCGCAACUGCGCGAAUCCAAAAGUUCAAGCGCCCAGCUGAUCUGUCGCCAAAAUAUUUGGAAAACGAGAAAGUCGAGGCUUCGAUUUCAGUUCACUUGUGGGAUGAUCGACGAGAAUUUGGCAUUUUUGGGAGUUACGGGAGCUCGAGCAAGGAUGGACUGAGACACUCAGAUGGGGAGGUCUUUUUGCCUGCUGAGGGGACGCUGUACUUGACCAACUACCGCAUCCUCUUCUAUGGCUAUUCCAGGGAGUUGGAACAUCUCCUGGUCAUCCGAUCCGCCCCGAUUACUUCGAUCAUCAAAGUGAAACAAACAACCACUCCUUCUGCUCCCCGGCCUCUUUCGAACCAUCGUUUGGAAAUCAGAACCGCCACCAUGGAAUUCUUCAACGUUGUCUUUACUUAUGAAGUUACAGAAGACACGAGGAGGAAUGAGACCCAAGGGAAGGCGAUCAACAAGACAAUCCAAUUUAAAACGAAGACAGGCCUGAAGGAUAUCAUGCACAGGCGUAAAAACAUCGGAAAAGUCGGCGAAUUGCCCACCAUCUCGGAAAAUAUCACUUCGACGCUGAAAAACAAGGGGACGCUGGAAAAAUUCAACGAGCGCUCCUCAAGAAAUGGCGAUUUCGACCGUUUAGGACUUACGAGCGGCUCGUUCCGGCUGCUGAACACUUCGAAAUUGAACGCGCCUUUUUCGCUUUGCAAGACUUACCCAGGAAUCACAGUUCAACUCGCAUCGAUCACAGAUACGACCGUCCAGGGAGCUGCAAAGGCUUUUAAGAGGUCUCGUUACCCAGCUAUUGUCUGGCGGCAUUCCCGAAAUGGCUGCAUUUUGGCAAGAAGUGAAGCUAUUUCUGGCUCUGUUAUCCAUAGAUUGCUCAGGCGACGAAGAUUUGAUGAGAUUGACGAGGAGAACCUUCAGCAAGUCUCCAUGCUCCAGCGAUCGAGCAUCUACGCUUCCGCCAAUUCUGUUUCCUCCUCUUCCACUCUUGCCUCGACCGGACUGAUGGGCGGCUUCCGCGAUUCAAUCCGAAUCCCCACUCUUCAGCGAUCCAGAGCCGGCUCUACUCUUCCAAGUCCGAAGAAAAAUUCCUCUUCUUUUUCAAAACUGGUGAUCUUUGUGGACAAAAACACGCGAAAACUCAAGCCAGAAGUCGACCACCAAGUCGAGUUCCUUUCAAUCGACACUCCAAGCACUGACGCGAUCAGAGACGCCUUCAAAGAUCUUUGCAAAAACGCUCCGUCAAGCAACGGGAAGAAUCACUUUUCUUUUGGCGAAAACAGUCGCUGGUACUCGUAUGUGCUUUCGGCGCUGAGUUGUGCUUCCGCGGCCGCAGAUUUGAUGCAUCAAGACAGUAUUUCUGUUUAUUUUGCGCUUGAAGGCGGAUGGGACUUUACUUGUGUUCUCACAGCGAUUAUCCAGUUGAUUCUGGACCCUUUCUACAGAACUAUCGACGGAUUUCGAACUUUGGUGCAGCGCGAAUUCAUUUCCUUCGGGCAUCGAUUCUCAACGAAUGGAAUCCAACGCGAUUAUCCCUCGCCCUCUCCAUUUUUCAUCCUUUUCCUCGAUUGUGUCUUCCAGCUCAUCAAUCAGAACUUAUGCUCAUUCGAAUUCACUGAAGCGUUUUUGCAUCUGACAGCGUAUCACACCUUCUCCGGUCGCUUUUCCACCUUUUUGCUUGAUUCAGAACACGACCGAAUAGAGAGCUUGAUCAUGUUCGACAGUUCACCGAGAUCCUGCUUCUGGAAUUAUGUUCAGGAAGCUCUUCAAAACCCGAAAUGCCCUCUUAUCAACAAGUUUUACCUGCCAAACGAAGAAGCCAAGCCAGACGUGCUUUCCAUGACAGCCGAAAUGGAGUUUAUCAAGCUCUUUCCUUAUUUAUCUGGACUAUCAACCACCUCCCCACAUGAUAUGGACAAUCUUCUCGACGAAUUGUCGCUUGAUGUCGCUGAGGACAAAGAUCUGCGUCAGAACUUCUUGUAUUCCGGAGUCGACAAUAUUCGUACUUUCUUCAAUGUCGAUCAAAAACGAGUCGAUUCCUUCUCUUCCGAAUCAUUCCCUUCCCAUGUCUUAUCCGAGUUGAAAGAGAAAACCGAGGCAAGAAUAAACCAGCGCGUCAAAAAUGGAAGUCAAUUUAUCAAUCGCUGCAGACGGCUUAAACUAGCAGAGGAUGGUGAUCAUGGAACAGGGAGUCCAGCGCAUCAGCCCGCGAACUCGGGCUAUAUUGUCUACGAAGGUUAUUUGUGGAAGAAAGGAAGGCAGUUUGGCGGAUGGAGUGGAGAUUACUUCGCAAUUGUCAACAAUAGAUCCAUUGUCCAAUAUGAAGCCAGAGGCGGAAGAAUCACAAAAGAAAUCCCCCUUAACCAAAUCACCUCCGCUGAACUUGUGCCAAUGGUCGAUCCGAGAUCUUUACCUCGCGAUACUCGCCCUGACUUCCAUUUUCAGCUGAGAACAAACUCGAGAAACUACAACUUUGUGGCUCAGAAUGCCGCUGCCGCCAAAAGAUGGGUCGAUGCUGUUCGCGAAAGCAUAGACUGCUAA